GACAAGACAACGUAUCUCUUGUCCAUAGUUCUGCUAACAUUGCUGACGACAACUGCGCCCUUUGCAUUCAAACAUGUCGUCGAAAUUUGCUUUUGUAGCAGUUCUGGGCCUGGCAAUGAUGGUGCUGAGUGCUGCCUAUCCCUUCCCUGACGCCAUCCCCGAUGCUGAGCCUCACCAUCAUCCUCAUCACCACGGUGGAAUCGGUGGAAUCGGUGGAUACGGGGGAUACGGUGGAUACGGGGGAUACGGUGGAUACGGUGGUGGCAGAUUCGGUGGAUAUGGUGGAUACGGAGUAUACGGCGGCUGAUUUCAUGGUGGAUGUGAUGGUAUCUUCAUGAGGUUGAUCGAGAAUGUUAUCCACCGUAUAUCGAGAUCUCUGCGACUGAUACUAGCCUGUAUUUAUUAACAACAAUGUCAGUUGUAAAUUCUAUGAUAGCAUCCACAUGUAUAACGAAAAAGAAAAAUCAGCAUCCAGUAUUUAGUUGAAAAAUAUUUUGUGAUUUUACUCUUCAAUUUUUAAAUAAAAGACAAUGUAUUAUGGUAUUUAGUUAUUUCACCCGAUAUGACAUCUAACAAUAAUGAGAAUG